GCAAAGCUCCACAGCAGUGAAGACAAGGCCACAGGACUGUUCCAUUAAAGGCGGAACCUUCAGUAUCGAGCGCUGGAGCAACACGGACUGUUUUUCCAGACACACCGCUGCGCCCAGGAGAGCUUAUGUAGCUGUUCAGAAUGGCUCAAGCAGACAGCAGGGCUCUGGCUUUGGGAGUUCUGGCCGGGGCUGCAGGGAUCAGCCUGGCCAUCGUGUUCUUCCGCAAAUCUGGAACCAGUGGUGGCCGAGUCCUGCAACUGAGAAGUACCGCAGAUCACAAAGGAGGCAGUGUGGUUCUGCGGUCAGGCCAGGCAGAAGUGCUGGAUCGGUUGGGUGCUCUGAUACAGUGUGUUUCUGAACUCAAGGAGGAAGUGAAAGCCCUGAAGGAUGCUCUUCCACACCUGCAGGACAAUGUCAGAGAUCAACUGAGAGGCCGAAGCGUGGAAGAUAUUGGUGCUCGCAAGGUGGGUCCUCUACAUAGGACUCCUACCAGGAGAAAAAGAGCAGGUGCCCCAAUGAGGAGUGAAGGACAAAGCUCAGAAGAGGCAGAGAGUGAAGGAGGGUAUAUAACUGCACUGACAGAUUCUGAGGAAGAGCAAAGUGAAGAUGAUGGAAAGCCGGUGCAUGAACCAGUCGAUGAACUCACAGCACUGCUGCAGAAAGCAGACCGACUGCACACCUGCAACGGGGCAGAGAAAGCACAAGGCCUGGAUGCUCUGCUGGACAGGAAAGGAGAGUUUGAGCAGAAGGACCAGUACCUUUGGAGGCUGUCCAGAGCCUAUGCAGAUGCCCAUGAUGUCGCCGUGGACCUUGCAGAGAAAAAGAGCUGCGCUGAGAAUGGGAAAAAGGUCGGUGAACAGGCAAUUUCCAUCAAUCCACUGUGUGCUGAAAGUCAUCAGUGGUAUGCUAUACUUUGUGGACUCCUGUCGGAAUAUGAAUCCAUCCAGAAUAAAAUAAAAAAUGGCUACCUUUUUAAGGAUCAUCUGGAUAGAGCAAUUGAGUUGAAACCGAAGGAUCCUCUGUCAUAUUACCUGCUGGGUCGCUGGUGUUAUGCUGUGUCACAGUGUACGUGGAUUGAGAGGAAAAUUGCUGCGACUCUGUUCGGAGAACCACCCAGCGCCACAGUCCAGGAAGCCUUGCAGAACUUUCUCAAGACAGAAGAGAUCAGUCCCAAGUACUCAAAAUUCAACUACGUGUUUUUAGCCAAGUGUUACAAAGACUUGGGCCAGAGGAUUCAAGCCAGACAGAUGUGUGACGCUGCUUCUUCAAUGAGCAUUGUGACUAAAGAGGACGAGGAAGCACAGAAGGAAUUGGACUCUCUGCUUUUAUCACUUUAAUUUAGCAGAAGGGCACAAAAGCUGUCUUCCUCUUUGUUCCAUCUCCUCUCUAGGCUCAACUGUGACUGGACUGUAGCUGUUUAUCCACAUACUGCAGCAACACAUAAACUACAAAUGUUGGGCAACAUGUGAUGUAGACUUGCGAAAAAUAACUAUUUAUUGGCAUUUUUAGUGCCCCUACUAAAAGGGAAUCCAUCGGCAAUAUUUUAUUUUACGUGGCAGGCAGAAAUUUCUGUUUGUUUUUAGUUUACACAUCAAAUACUGUAUGUGUUUUGCAGGAUGGUCUUAGGAUGGUUCAUUCCUAUUCUGUUUUUUUUUUUGUUUUGUUUUUUUUCUCUCAGAGCAUUUUAAAAGUAACAGCAGUGGCUACAAUACUCAACAUGGCUGUCUCCUAUUGGCUACGACAUGCUUUCCAUUGGCUGUUGUUACAGUUCUUUCAUUCAUACCUUUAAUAACACCUAAUCUCUUCAAAUAUCCACAAGACACAAGGGAUGAUGUCAUUUUUUAGGUUCUGUAAAGAAAGCAAAGACUCAAAGGCGGUCAAAAUCAAUGUAGUUUGGCUUAUUUAGGUGAAUUUCCUUUGACUGCUGUCAACUGCCUUCAUCUUCUAAAGGCAAUGUUGAUAUGAGACUUUGUACUAUCCUGAAGUUCUCUCAUUUAUUUUAGAAAUGCUUGUAUAAUGGUUUUCGCAGUGGAUAUGCAUUUUGUUUUGUUUUUUACAAUUUUGUAAGUCUUUGAUUAAGUAUGCCCAAAUAGCUCCAUCUGGAUUUAAUCAUUUUUCUGGGUUCUUUCUGUGGAAUAUGUAGGAUAUUAUUGUUUGUAUUGAAUAUUAGUCAGUGAUUUUGAUUAAUAUAAUAUCAAGUUUUGUUUGACCAAAGAUGAUUGAUAAAUCACCCCUCCUCCACUGCAUUAGAGAAAUUGUGGGGACCAUAUACUGUAAGUGGAAAGUUGUAUUUUUUUCCCCUUAUGUCAUUGCAAAUACUUUAUUGUUUUAAAAAAAAAAAUUGUAUUUAAAAUGAUAAUCUAGGAUUAAGAAUGUAAAAGGUUUUGUAAUAUUACGUGAUUGCACUUGCUCUAUAACAGUGGUACAUUUUAGAUUGUUUAUGAUCUGUACAUUACAUUGAAAUUCAUCAUUGCUGCUCAGUAUAAUAUACAAUAAGGUGAAUUCAGACUGUGUUAUAAAGUGAUUUAUUGAAUUGA